CCUGCGACGAGCAGCUGCGGUCGGAGCGCACUCGCUGCGGGAAUGGCUUCAGGAGCGUCUGCCUUCGCCAGCUGCCGCCUCCCCAUGGAUUACGAGACGAAGAUUUUCCCUCAAACCGGUGGCUACGGACGGUACAACCGGAUCGCAGUCGUGUUCAGCUGGUUCCCCACCUUUGCGGUGGCGCUGAACCUGUUCAGCGACGUUUAUUUCACCCAGGUUCCGAACUUGUACUACUGCAAGACGGACCCGAAGCAGCUGCCUUCCUUUUUCGGUAACUACUCGGGGGAGACCUACCUGAACCUCACCAUUCCCCGGGUGAACGACCAGGGCUUCAGCCACUGUGAACGCUACAAGUAUCCCGCAAAUAUCACGGACUUCUCCGGAAAAGUGCCGCGGGAAAAGGAAAACUGCAGCAUAGGUUGGGAGUACCCAACUGUGGUGGGACUCCGGAGCAACAUUCUCACGGAGUGGAAUCUGGUUUGUGAGGACGAAUGGAAGAUCCCGCGGCAGCAUGUCUGCUUCAUGGUGGGAUGGAUUGUGGGAUACAUCUUCCUGGGUUCGUUGUGCGACUGGUUGGGUCGUCGUCGGGGCUUCCUCUUCUCCAUCACCCUGUCCAGCUUGUUUGGGGUGGCCGUGUGUCUGUCCAGCAGCGCUCUGAUGUUUCUGAUGCUGCGCCUCUGUCAAGGUGUCAUGCUCGCUGGCGUGUUUGUGUCCUCCUACAUCCUCAGGUUGGAGCUUUCUGACCCUCCCCAUCGCCUCAUGGUUGCCAUGAUCGGCGGCUUCUUUGCCGUCUCUGCGGAGCUGCUGUUGCCGGGUCUCGCCAUUCUGUGUCGGGAUUGGCCCGUUCUGCAGGCCGUGGCCACUGUGCCUCUGCUUCUGCUUCUCUCCUAUUGGUGCUGUGCGUCAGUGUUUCCUGAGUCUCCUCGCUGGCUGCUGGCCACAGAUCACAUUCCUAAGGCCAAGAGGAGCCUGCAGGAGUUUACUAGCAGGAACGGCGUUUGUCUCCAAGAUGAGAUGUAUCCUGGUGAAACCCUGAUGUCAGAAAUAGACUCUGCCUAUGGAGAAGACCACCAGCCGAGGUACUAUUCAGUCCUGCAGCUUCGACGGACUCGUGUUAUCUGGAAGAACUGUCUCAUUCUCAGCUUCACUCUGUUUAUUGGAACAGGAAUCCAGUACUGUUUCACCAGAAACCUGGACGUUUACAACUUCUACUUAAAGUACUUCCUGCGGGUGGUAACGGGCGCCCUGGCUUGUGUCUUUAUCUGUUUGUGUGUCAAUCACUUCGGUCGGCGAGGAAUUCUCCUGCUGUCUGCGAUCGUCACCGGACUGUCCUCGCUGCUGCUGCUGGCUCUCACAGACUAUCUUGAAGGCGGGCUGGUGCUGGUCCUCUCUGUGGUGGGUUUGCUGUUCUCUCAGGCUCUUGCCAUGCUCAGUGCCUUCUUCGCCUGUGAAGUCAUGCCCACCGUGGUCCGAGGCGGCUGUUUCGGUCUGGUGUUGGCAGCGGGAUGUGUUGGCAUGGCCGCCUCCUCUAUGAUGGAGCUCCAGGAUAAGCGUGGCUUCUUCCUGCACCACGUCAUCUUCGCCUCCUUCGCUAUCCUCUCUGUGCUCUGCAUCAUGCUCUUGCCUGAAAGCAAACGCAAGUCACUCCCGGACUCCCUGAAGGAGGGCGAGAGCCAGCGACGGCCGCCUCUCUUCCUGUCCCAACAGAAAAGAGACUGUCUGCCUUUGUUAUGCACGCGGCCUUCGGUGUCCGAGUACAAUCCAGAUAAUUAUUCCCGCUUGGUUUCUGCCACUAGGAAGAUGUUGACCAAAGAUAAUUUGCCAUACAGGAUCGCUCGGCCAUCUGUUUCGCCUCUGCUGUCGGACAGCAACACGCAGGAAGGAGAAAAUGGGACACGGGAAGACGUUGUAUUGUAAACCUGUCAGCCUCCUUCCACAGACGGAUUUUACUUCCUUCUCCCAAAGAUACCUCAGAUGGAAAACAUGUCACCUAAAGAGCUGACAUCGGAGCACCUUAUAUCCGUCUGUUGUUACAGAAGAUUUAGUCACUUCUUCUCUUUGAUUCAGGUCAUGAGCCUUUAGUUGUAGCAUUUUGUAACCCAACCUUUCGUAAAUGUAUUAAAGGUUUACACUGGACUGUAAUAAGCAACAGUUCUGUCUGUGGUGAUGUAGUACACUACUUUCAAAUAAUUUUUUAAAUGGGGUUGUGUGAAGUUGCUGGUUGUAGUGAGUAGCCAUGUCAGUAUAGCGAAUCCAAGCUAGACUUAUUCUAGAGAAAAUUUACACUGUGACACUCAAAUAUUUCAGUAAUUUUACUCUUAGUCACAUUUGCACAUAACGGUUGUUUCCAUUUCCCCCCUGAUCAGCUGUAGCUGCUGUUAUGGCCAAAAUAUUCUUUGUGAAACGUCUGCCUCUGUAUAUUCUGAUUUAUGUGAAUUUCUUCAUAUGUCACAGGAAAAGACACAUUUUACUGUGUAACGUAUUUUCUUUUGGUGUAGGGUAGAACAGUUUGCAGUUUUCAACAGUUCCACUGUUAUAUUGUUUCAUUAAAAAAAUGAAAAUAUAUUAAAAUAUACAUUAAUAAAGUGAUUAGGUGUAAAUUUACUUAGCAUUUGCUCCAGCUUAUAAAGGGAGAUAAAUAAACAAUGUAACAUGGUGGCAUUAACUAGACAAUCUCUAAUAUUAGUUUGACUCCCCUUAGCUGCAGGUAAGAUAAUGUCUAUUUUAAGCUAUUCCACAGAAACCCAUUUAAAAAACGAAUCCUUGUCUCAUCUAUAGUUAGUAAUUUGUGCUGCAGCCAUUCAAACGUUAGUAUGAGAGCUGCUUAAGGUUUACAGAUAAGCUUUCUUAAGCUUAUCUGUAAGCUUUGAUGCAGGAAGUUAGAAAAGUAGCUGUUUUAAACUGACAAGCAACUAGUUUACAAAAAAGUUCUGGAACUGUUUUGCUGGUUUCUGCUUUGUGGUGAAAAAUGGAGUUAUAUUCUGCCAAUGUUCACAGGGUUGUAAAAAAAAGUAAUAAUAGUUCUCUUGAAACACUUGUCCUUAUAUUGUCCAAUGCCUGUCCUGGGAAGUUUGUUCUUCCUCUGCAGAUGAUUAUCAUCCUCAGAUUGAUAUAAUUUGUUCCUGUGAAGCACACAAGAGGGCGCCAGAUGAUGCAGUUCUCAAUGAAUUACUUGAUCAAUCAGAUGAUGUUCCUCAGGUAUUUCUUGUGCCUCUAAUAAGCAUUGUUCACAUAAAUAUCUUAAGUGUGUUUGGAUGUAGUAUGUGUUGAACCUCGGAGACAAAAGCAAAGACAUUGAUUAAAACAUGUUUUAUCCACUGUGUGGUUGACAAAAAUGGGAUAUAAACUAUUGAAUUAUGGCAACACUGAUGUUUGAAUGCUCUGGGAUUUGUAAGAACCAGCAUUCACUGUUGGGCAUCUAAAUGAUUAAAAUCGUUAAGUAAUUGUGUUUAUAGUUAAUUUCCGAAAGGUGGCUAUGCGGAUCAGACUUUCUUAUUAAACCUAAUCUGUGUUUUUUUUAGGACUUCCCUCAUGCAUUUAAAAGAAAAUGACACUGUUUUCAUAAAAUGUUCUACUGUAACUCCAGUUUCAUGUCUUUUUUUAGUGAUCCGUUAAUGGUGAUUCUGUAAAGUAAAGAUACAAAAGUUGAUAACA